AUGGCAGUGAGCAAAGCCCCUGGGCUGCCCCUGCUCCCCACGCUCCUGGUGCUCACUGCAGCUCCCCUGCCUGGGGCCCUGGCCACCGGAGAGGUGUGGCAGUCCCCCGCCUACGCAAUCACCCCAGAGGGGGGCUCCAUCAACAUCACCUGUUCCAGCCGCGGGCCCCUGAUCGGGGUCUUCCUGAAGCAAUAUCGGCCGAAGGAAGACAAUGUGAUGUACUACGGGGAUGAGAGCACCCUCACUGUGGACCCGCGGUUCAAUGGCCGCAUCGUCAUCUCGGGGUCCGAGUGGAACCUGACCAUCACCAUGCACCAACUGCUGCCAAAUGACACUGGUGCCUACGUGUGCGAGGCCACCAUGAAGGGGGAGCAGGUCCAGGGCUCUGGCACCUUGGUGGUGGUAACAGAUGCACAGUCCCAAGCAGCGACCACAUGCCAGGGGGCUCAGCUGACGCACGUCGCCGUCUCUGUGGCCCUGGCUCUCGGCUUCCUCCUCAUCCUGCUGGUGCUGGGGGCCACCUGUGUGCUGAGGAGGACCCAGAUCAAGAAACUGUGCUGGGUAAGAGAUAAGAGCCCCAUGUGUGUCGUGUAUGAAGACAUGUCCUGUACCCGCCGGAACACCAUAUCCACCCCGAACGACUACCAGUGA